CCCUGCUCUUCCUUUGCCUUUUAAGAUGAAAAAUUUCCAACUGAGAAAAUUCUCUGCUGCGCUCUCCCCGCGCUAUCCCCCGACUCGCUCCACCUCCCCACAAGCAUCCCUCCCUCCUGCAUCCGCAUCCUCAUCCUCAUCCUCCACCUCCCCAUGCCUCUAAUGGCGCUCCCCGCCCCUCCUCUCCCCAUCUCCGCCCCCUCCUCCUCCUCCUCCUCCUCCUCCUCUCGCCUCUUCUUUUCCCGGCCACCUUCCUCCUCCUCCGCCGGCGCCGUCGGUGCCGCUGCCUCCUCCUCCACCGUGUCCGGCGACGACGACCCCCCCGACCCCGUCGAAUUCCACUACCCUCUCGCCGACCCCUCCAUCCGAUGGCCCGACCUCCACCUCCACUUCCCCCACCUCCCCCAUCCCCAUCCUCAUCCCCAUCCAUUCCCCACGCCUCCUCCUCCCUCUCCCGGCGAACCCCUCGACGAAACCCUAGAAGCCACAGAAUCCUUCGGCGACGGCUUCGAGCCCCUCGACGCCAAGGAGCGCCGCGGCCGCGCGAAGAAGCUGACGAAGCUCGCCCUGAAGCGCGCCCGCGACUGGCGCCUCCGCGUCCGCCUCCUCUCCGACCGCGUCCUCGCCCUCCCCCCCUCCGCCCUCGUCGCCGACGCCCUCGACCGCCGCGCCGGCGCCGGCGCCGACGCCCUCCAGAUGACCCCCACCGACUUCGCCCUCGUCGUCAAGCGCGUCGGAAGCUCCAGCUGGAGCCGCGCCCUCGAGGUCUUCGAGUGGCUCACCCUCCGCCGCCGCUACGCCCCCGGCCCCCGCCUCCUCGCCACCAUCAUCGGCGUCCUCGGCCGCGCCCACCAGCUCCCCCUUGCCGAGGAGGUCUUCCGCCGCGCCGCCCCCGAGGUCGAGCCCACUGUCCAGGUCUACAACGCCAUGAUGGGGGUCUACGCCCGCACCGGCCGCUUCACCGACGUGCAGAAGCUCCUGGGCGCCAUGCGGGAUGGCGGGCUCGAGCCGGACCUCGUGAGCUUCAACACGCUCAUCAAUGCUAGGGCCAAGUCUGGUAAUUUCCCUCCAGGCUCGGCCCUCGAGCUUCUCCUUGAGGUCCGACGGUCCGGUCUGAGGCCCGAUACUAUUACCUACAAUACUCUUAUCAGCGCGUGCUCGCAUGGAUCGAACUUGGAAGAUGCCAUGAAAGUUUUCAAGGACAUGGUGGCCUCCCAAUGCCGGCCUGAUCUUUGGACCUACAAUGCGAUGGUGUCCGUGUAUGGCCGGUGCGGGAUGGCACGCGAGGCGGAGCUUCUCUUCCGCGAGUUGGGGGAUAAGGGUUUUACGCCGGAUGCCGUUACUUAUAACUCUCUCCUGUACGGGUUUGCCAAAGAGGGGAAUGUGGAUAAAGUCGAGAGGGUAUGCGAGGAAAUGGUGAAAGCUGGGUUUAAGAAGGAUGAGAUAACCUACAACACAAUCAUUCACAUGUAUGGAAAGCAGGGAAGGAUCGACGUUGCACUCGAACUGUAUGAUGAAAUGAAGUCGGAAGGGUGUAGUCCUGAUUCGGUGACUUAUACUGUGAUAAUUGAUUCGUUGGGAAAAGCAGAUAGAAUUGGUGAAGCAGGGAAGGUGAUGAAUGACAUGGUGGAGGCCGGGGUGAAGCCAACACUGAGGACUUUCAGUGCUCUGAUUUGUGGGUAUGCCAAAUCUGGAAUGCGGGUAGAGGCGGAGCGGACAUUUGACCAUAUGAUUAGGUUGGGGAUCAAGCCGGACAAUUUAGCUUAUUCAGUUAUGUUGGAUAUUUUAUUAAGAUUUGGUGAGAUUAGAAAGGCAAUGCCUCUGUAUCGGGCUAUGGUGAAAGAUGGCUAUAGGCCAGACGGGGGCAUUUACCGGAUGUUGCUUGCUGUUCUUGCAAAGCAAAGUGAAGAUGAAUUAAUCAUAGAAGUUAUUGAUGACAUGGAGAAUUUUUGUCAAAUGAACCCACAAGUGAUCUCCACUAUUCUCAUAAAGGGCGGAUGCUUCUUUCACGGCUCUGAGAUGUUAAAGAAGGCUGCUGUUGAAGGAUACGAGCUUGAUCGUGAGAAUUUGCUGUCCAUUUUAGAUGCGUAUGAGGCAUCAGGCAAGAUCGGAGAAGCUCUCUUUUUGCUUGAAUUUAUUCGAGAGCAUGCACCCAGCUCCCAUUCUUUGAUAUCGGAAUCUUCGAUAAUUAUGAUGUGCAAAUCUGGGCAGAUAGCAGCUGCGAUUGAAGAGUAUAUGAGAACAAGGAUAUUUGUCUUUGGAUCCUUCGGCAGAAAUUGCAGCUUCUACGAGUUCUUAAUCACGUGCUGUGAGGAGGCUGGAUUGUUAUGUGAAGCUUCUCAAUUGUUCUCCGAUAUGAAGUUUCUUGGCAUUGAGCCUUCACUAAGGAUCUAUCAGAGUAUGAUCGGUAUAUACUGUAAAAUGGAUUUCCCAGAAACUGCUCAUCAGUUGAUGGACCAGGCUGCAAAAGUUGGUAUAUCAUUCAAUGAUCUUUCGACCUAUGUCAAUCUAAUUGAGACAUAUGGGAGGUUAAAUCUUUGGCAGAGGGCGGAAAGCUUGGUUGGGAAGCUUAGACAGCACUCACUUGUUGAUAGAAAAGUUUGGAAUGCUUUAAUUCAUGCAUAUGCUGAGAGUGGUCGAUAUGAGCAGGCAAGAGCGGUCUUCAAUAUAAUGAUGAAAGAUGGCCCUUCACCGACUGUUGAAACAGUUAAUGGUCUUAUGCGGGCGUUGAUUGUUGAUAAGAGGCUGGAUGAGUUGUACGUUGUUGUUGAGGAGUUGCAAGAUAUGGGCUUUAAGAUUAGUAAAAGCACAAUUUUGUUGAUGCUUGAUGCCUUUGCUAGAGCAGGGAACAUAUUUGAGGUUAGGAAGAUAUAUAAUGGGAUGAAGGCCGCUGGAUAUUUGCCCAAUAUGCAUCUCUAUAGAAGUAUGAUUACUUUAUUAUCCCGUGGAAAACGAGUUAGGGAUGUUGAGUUGAUGGUUGCAGAGAUGCAAGAAGCUGGGUUCAGACCAGAUCUUAGCAUAUUCAAUUCGCUCCUUAAAAUGUACACUGCAAUCGAGAAUUUUAAGAAGACAUUAGAGGUGUAUCAAAGCAUAUUAGAUGCUGGGUUCAAGGCUGAUGAGGAUACUUAUAAUACUCUAAUAGUCAUGUAUAGUAGAGACCGGAGGCCUGAGGAAGGUUUCACUCUUUUGAAUGAGAUGAGAAAACAGGGUUUGGAGCCCAAGUUAGAUUCUUACAAAAGCUUACUGGCUGCUUGUGGUAAGGAGCAGAUGUGGGAUCAAGCUGAAGAACUCUUCAAGGAUAUGCGAUCAAAGGGUUUUAAAUUAGACCGGUUGGUCUACCAUCUGAUGAUGAAAAUAUAUAGAAACGCAGGUAAUCAUUCGAAAGCUCAACACUUGCUUGUUUUAAUGAAGGAUGAUGGUAUUGAGCCCACGAUCGCCACCAUGCACAUGCUUAUGGUUUCUUACGGGACUGCUGGUCAGCCUCAAGAGGCAGAAAAUGUACUUAAUAACUUGAAAACUUCUGGUCUAGAACUCAGCUCUUUACCUUACAGUUCUGUUAUUGAUGCCUACCUGAAGAAUGGAGAUUAUAACCUUGGAAUAGCAAAACUACUGGAAAUGAAGGGGGAUGGAUUAGAACCGGAUCAUAGAAUAUGGACAUGUUUUAUAAGGGCUGCAAGUCUGUGUGAGCAAACUAAUCAGGCAGUCAUGCUUCUGAAUGCUCUAGGCAACACUGGUUUCGAUCUUCCUAUCAGGCUGCUGACCGAAAAAACUGGGCCUAUGGUUUUAGAGGUUGAUCGAUUGCUGGAAGAGCUGGUUUUGCUAGAAGACAAUGCUUGCUUUAAUUUUGUCAAUGCACUAGAGGACCUUUUGUGGGCAUUUGAACGUCGGGCAACUGCUUCAUGGAUUUUCCAACUAGCAAUCAAGAGAAACAUAUAUCAUCAUGAUGUGUUUAGGGUUGCUGAAAAAGAUUGGGGAGCUGACUUUCGGAAGUUAUCUGCUGGUGCUGCACUUGUUGGUCUUACAUUAUGGCUUGACAACAUGCAAGAUGCUUCCUUGCAGGGAUCUCCCGAAUCCCCAAAAUCUGUUGUUCUGAUAACAGGGACUGCAGAAUAUAACAUGGUUUCCUUGAGCAAUACCCUCAAAGCAUACCUUUGGGAGAUGGGUUCACCAUUUUUGCCAUGCAAAACUAGAACAGGAGUUCUUGUUGCAAAAGCUCAUUCUCUUAGGAUGUGGCUGAAGGAUUCUUCUUUCUGCGUCGACUUAGAGUUGAAAGAUGCGCUGGCACUCCCGGAGAUGAAUUCGAUGAAGCUAACUGAAGGAUUUUUCAUGAGAGCUGGUCUAGUACCGGCCUUCAAGGAUAUAAACGAACGGCUAGGGCAAGUGAGACCGAAGAAGUUUGCUAGGCUGGCUUUGUUGUCCAAAGAGAGCAGAGACAAGGUCAUUGAAGCUGACAUACAAGGCCGGAAAGAAAAGCUAGAGAAAAUGAGGAAGAAGGGUCUUGUUAGAGCGAGGAAGCCAACAAGAUUGCGUACAGGGAAAUUUAUGAGGCGGCAACACAAAGCACACACGAAUUCGUAGUACUUCGACUUAUUUCUGUUGUUGGCGUUCCUAGAAAAACUCCCAGAUAAGAUUAUGGAUUACAUUUUGAUCCUUUAUAGUUCUGCUGUCCAUGCUUAGUUAAUUAAAGGAAUUUUGGGAGGCUCUUUUGACAAUAGCGAACCAAAUCAUGGCAAAAUUUUCGAAUAAGAGCAGCUUUAUCAAUGGAUUGUUUUUGCCAUUCUUCAAGACUUGCAUAAUAUCGAGUGGAGAUUUGAUCUGUGGUAUAAUGAUUCCAAAGAUCCACUAAUGGUGCGAAGUUGCUAGCUUUGCAGCAGAGUCAUAACUGGAUCCGCAGAGCAAAAAAUUUCUCUGCAGACCAUCUGUAGUUCUCAGUUUAUUCACCCAAUCAAAAUAUGUUUUGAAAUAUUUGAAGAGACCUGUCUCAUACUUGGAUGAAAGAUGAAGCAUUUCUAUGGAGAACUGAAUAGGCGCUAGGCAUUUCCAUGAAAUUUCUUUCCAAUGCACAAAAAAAUUACGUGGGAUUCAGAACUCUUCCUCAGAGAAGGUGGGUGCCCUUCAAAAAAAUCAGAGACAGCCGACUCAAGCUCCUCUACUGAGUAUUUGAUGUACAUCUCCGGGUGCUUCCCGUUCUCUAUAUGCUGCCAAAACCUCCCAAGAAAAGAUCGGUGUGCUGGGAGCAGCUUCUCCAGUAUUGAAAUCCUCAGCUCUUCCCAUAGCUGCUCGUCAGGCACGAUCCAUGUGGCUUGGAUCCGGUGCGCCUCAUCAAAGGCAGCAUUGAAUCCCCUGAACCGCUCCCGGAUCACCAACUUUGAGACCCCUGAUGAGAAGCCUCUGCUCCCACUGCUCACGUGCAGCCCCUUGUCCCUCAAGCACUGCAGGAUCUUCAUCCACCUGACGCAUUGGUAGAUCAUCGCCUCAUGCUGGUACUUUCUGGUCAGCUCCCCCAGGUAGUCGUCACUGAUCAUCUCAUGGAGAUUGGGCAACUCAUCCUUUACCUUGUGGAUGAUGUAGUGGACGCUAUUCAUCAUGAAGAGGUGGGAGAGCGCGGCAUCCUUGUAGAGGUUAGCCUUGUUCUUGAGAUUUUGGAGAAGGAUGGCGAUAAUCCAGGUCAGGUGGGAUGAAAGCGGGCUCUGGUCAUUGCUAUCUUCCCGUAUGUCUCAUUCCAGUGGUGUGAUGGUGGUAUCGUCGACAGAGAAGAACCUAAGGCAUGAGAGGAUGAGAUUGGUGAGUGUUGGCUCAUAACCGGGAAUUAGCCUGAUGUAGUUCAUGACGUAGUGAGGGGGUGUAUGGUGCCGCCGGGGAAGGUGGUGUUGGAUGUGUUGUGGAGUACGGCACUCUCGAACUUGUUGAGGAUGCCACGGACGGCCUCAGCGAGGCAUGAGAGGAUCUCGCUGGCCUGGAUGUAGACAGAGGUGGAGGACUGGGAGCAGAAGAUGGCUGCAAUGUUGGGGAGGAGGUUGGAGUGUGUCGUGGGGAUCGAGGAUCUUGAAGAGCUUCUCUGGUGACCGGCGCACUAUGCUGAUCGCCUCUGCGAAGCUGAAAAGCUGGAGCGCUGGGCUCCCGACAACCUCGGUGAAGGGGGCGUCGACAUCACUGGUAAGGAGGCCAUUGAAUAUGCGAUCAGAGAGGUGGCGCUCACUGGCGAACACAAUGCGGAUGGCAACACAAGCGGCGGGAAUCCAGCGCCGGAUCUUGGACUUGAGGGCAUCCCACUCGAGGCGCCGCACGUUGCCGAUGCUGAGCUUCUCGACACUGAGUUGGCGGAGGCAGAGGUCCAAUGCCGACUUCCGAGCAGAGCUGUAGACCUGGAUGCACUCACAGCCGUAGCCGGUGAGGAUCAUCCCCUCUGCAAUGCUCCACAGGUCUGAAAUCGCAUCCGAAGGCAUCAGAUCGAUUUUGCGGAUGCUCCGCAUUGUGCGGCAGCUGCUCCUCUGCAUCCCCAUGCAGCUUCCGUCAGACUCCAACACCGACUCAGAAAACUCUGCACCAUCGCCACUGCUGCCGACUCUGUCGGAUAAGACACCAGAGUGCUCCGAAUCCAGGGAGCUGGACAUGGAGAAGGAACUCAGAUUGGUGAGUGAUUUGACAUCGAUCUCGCUGACCCGGGAGACGAGAAUGUUGCGGAACUCAUCCUCGAGACACACCAUUGCAGUCUGGACGGCGUUUGCCAAUGAAGAGGACGAGGCUGAUGAGAGCCGGCAGGGGCUGCCCGUAGUAGUGAUGGGCCGCUCCUUGAUGGACCGGCAGAUCUUGUCGACAACACAGAGGUAGCUCCGUGCCUCAGAGCUAUCUCCACCAUCAAAGAGCAUCCGCCCUUCUCUCGCCACUGCCGAAUCCCACCGCAGGAUUAGCCGCUCCGCCGCCUCCAGCUCUCCUACUGUCGCUAUGGUGGCGCCUCCACGUCCCUGCAUCAUUCAAGAAUAAGGAGGAGAAGACAGAUGGUGUACACGGGACUCGUUAGUUGUUGUCUCAAAACGCUCAGUGGACUCAUUUGAAGGUGCAGGGAAGGAGGGAGAGUUUUGACUGUGGCUUCCAACAAGUUAAGGGAGAUAAAAGAAUAUUCCGACGAAUGCUCAGACAUCUGACUUGUUGCUUCCUGUGGUCGUCGUGAUGGAAAGAUACCCAUCAUCGCAUGCGAGAUACAGAUGAACCUGAGGUGCAGACGGUAACUUCUGUCCGACAGCUUUUUGGCCGCAAAUGUGGGAUUCUGACAAAAGCUUGUCAUGCGAUGACUACGCAACUUGCGGGCGCCGCCUGUACUUGAUGAUUUUUGUUUCAAAGUAAGUUCUAAAUAGGGCGAACUUCAAUUGACACUCUUAUGUUUUGAGUGUAUUUUUAUUUUACUAUUUUAUGAUAAAAAAAAUAUGUUAUUAUAUAAUAACUAUUUUUUAAUUACUGUAAGAUUCUGCCGUUUGGUAAUGUGUCAAAA